CCAUUUUCGUCGCAGACAAUCCGCGCUCCUUUUGCAGGGUCAAGAUGCGAUUCACGUGUGACAUGUUGGCGGGAAUGAAAAUAGUUGAAUGAAAACUCCCCUGUUUCUCUCUUCCCCCAAAGCCUUCUCCAAAGUCCAAACAAGACGCUGUUGCCUCUUCCUCCCAAACCCACCAUCGAUCACCACACACUCUCUCUCCACAUAUAGGCCGUACGGACCAGCUCUUGAAAUUUUUUAAAGGGGAAGAAGAAGAAGAGAGAUUGCAGAGAUCAUGCACACAUGCCAUAUUGACUUGCAUGGAGAGAGCAAGGUUCAGAAUUGCAACGUCUCCAGUAGCUUGUUUAGUGCUCGGAGAAAAUAAGCUAUAUCAGUGGCCAAAGAGUUUCAAUAGCCAGGUUUCAAAGUUGGUGGGCACCACUUGGAACCUUUUGACUGUGCUUUAUAGAUGGAGAAUACAACUCAUCCUCCCUCUGGCUUUCGACAUUCAAAUCUAAAGAAGUCGUUUAAGCGGGGUAUCCUUUCUCUUUUAACGGCAUGCUCUAAAGAGGAGUUCAACAAAGCAUUUUCAACAUUCAACUCUGCUGAGCAAGAAGGUCUUCAUCGGCUAUUUAUUCAGGUCAUCACUUCUCUGCAUGAUAAUAUCGAGGAGGAAUUUGACUCAAUAUGUCUGGAGACACAGGUUGGCAAUACUCUUGAUACAGUAGAGCAGCUUGUGGAAGAGCAGAGUCUUGACAUUCUGUCUGCAGACAAGACGAAUUUAGGAGAUCUCAAGGAAGAGGUGACAAGGGCCAAGAAGAAUGAAAUCCAUCAGUCGACAAGCAUGUUGGAGAAGGCUGUAGAACAGAACCAUCUAGUAAGGGCUCGUGUUGAAUCCCUAAAGGAUGGACAAGACCUUUCAGUCACAUCCGAUGCUGUUGAGAAGUUAAGAGGCUGGAACUUGAACUACGCACAGAUCUCGUAGUAGAGGAAGAUCCCUUAGCACUGCGUUUUGCACUUUCUUGCAAUUUGUAUUUGGUAAGAUGAAAGGAAUUGAAAAAUCAGAUCAUGUGUUUUGAUCCUAUAAGCUUGGUAUGUCAAUUGUUCCUAUAUAAGAAUUAUAAUACCAGUGUUUUGAAAAUUUUCUUGCUGUCCAUUGUCAACCACGCUCAAGGUUGUAACUAAUUGUCUGCAAUCCUAUUAAAUUUGAUCAGUUUACA